AUGCCUUCUCAGUACUUGCUCGAAGUCAACUCUCGACCACAGCCCUCGUCCGGAGUCGACGACAAGCUCUGGAUCAAAUGGUACACGGAAGAGCAUCUACCUGACCUCGUCAACAGCCACACAUCCACUCGUGCAGCAUUCUACCAAGAAAGCCACGACUUUGCAGGCGCUCCCAAGGACCGCCACCCUCGUUCGUUCCUCGCUCUGUACCAGACGGACUUUGAAGAGCCGCUCAAGUCCAAGAACUAUCUUGAGAAAGUCCGGAGUUCGAGCAGCAUGUGGCCCGCACAGAAACCGACCAGCGAGAUAGGUGACUUCGACGGGCGCAAUUACAGACUCAUUCAGGAGUACGACCCGAACAAGAUUGGUGAUUCUGCUCCACCAUAUCUACUUACCGUGGAGAUGGAGCCCACGCCCGAAAACGAAGAGGACUUCGAUCGCUGGUAUCGCGAGGAGCAUCUGGACCUUUUGAGCAGGUUGCCCGGGUAUCGCAGGUCACUGAGAUAUGUUCUUGGGCCCAAAAUGCCAAUCACCGAAGGGGACCCGUCAAGGUAUCUUACCAUUCAUGAGGUUGAUGAUGUGCAUGCUUUCGAUGGGAAAGAGGCCGAAGCUGCAAACGCGACAGCCUGGACGGCCAAGCAUAUUGGUGAGGCCAAGGUGUUCAUUCCGAGAAUGUGGCGAAAGAUAACAGAGUUGGGAUUUUGA